AUGAAGAUUUUUAAGAAGAACUCGCUGAAAAUCAGUGACAACAAGAGGACGCGAGCCGCUGAGCUAACUUUGCGGGAGUCCAUCUACCCGCUUUGUCUUGUCACGAUUCUCUUCUUCCUCUGGGGAUUUUCUUACGGUCUCUUGGAUACGUUGAACAAGCAUUUCCAAGAAACCCUUAACAUUACACGCUCCCGCUCUUCUGGCCUUCAAGCAGCUUACUUCGGAGCCUACCCACUUGCUUCACUUGGUCAUGCCAACUGGAUCUUAAGACAUUAUGGUUAUAAACCAGUCUUCAUCUGGGGUCUUUGCCUUUAUGGAAUCGGCUCUUUGGUUGCCUGGCCUUGCAUUCUUCAUAGAAGUUUCGGAGGAUUCUGCGCUGCCAUAUUCAUCAUCGGAAAUGGGCUCGGCUCCUUGGAAACCGCUGCAAAUCCAUAUCUUACCGUGUGCGGACCCCCUCGGUACGCUGAGAUUCGUAUCAAUGUUGCUCAGGCUUUCAAUGGAGUUGGAACGGUAGUAGCACCUGUACUCGGAUCUUACGUCUUCUUCAAAAACACUGGGGAGGACCUACAGUCCCUGAAGAACGUGCAAUGGGUGUAUCUGGCUAUUGCAUGCUUUGUCUUUUUGCUGGCCGUUGUUUUCUAUUUCUCACCGAUUCCUGAGAUAACGGAUGCGGACAUGGCGUUCCAGGCCGAGGAGACGCACGCUGGUACUGAUGUAAAGCCCUUCCGGAAACAGUACCGACUCUUCCACGCCGCGUUCGCCCAGUUUUGCUACACCGGAGCUCAAGUCGCCAUAGCUGGAGCGUUCAUCAAUUACGUUACCGAGACACGGGAAAACACUGAUUCCGCUUUGGGCGCCCGGUUCCUUGCUGGAGCACAGGGUGCCUUCGCGCUUGGACGAUUCGCCGGAUCAGCAAUCAUGAAAUUCGUCAGACCGCGCUACGUCUUCCUCUGCUACAUGACAUUGUGCAUUGUUUUCAUUGCACCAAGCAUCACCCAACGCGGGAAUACAGGCAUGUCUAUGUUAUACAUCACCCUCUUCUUCGAAUCGAUCAUUUUCCCCACGAUUGUCGCGCUGGGCAUGAGAGGGCUGGGGAAGUAUUCGAAGAAAGGAUCGGGGUACAUCGUUGGUGGAGUCUCAGGAGGGGCAGUUGUACCUCCACUCCUUUUUGCUGCAUCCGAUGCUCAAAACUCAACGGCGAAAGCGAUGUCAGUCCCGCUUGCAUUCUUUGUCGCCGCCUGGACGUACGCUCUUUGCGUGAAUUUUGUUCCAGCUUAUCGCGAUGUGGCCGAUAAAUUUACCACAACCAAAAUUGGCGUUGAGAAUGCUCAGGCGAACGAUGAGGAAUCUCAGGUGCGAGAUGGAGUGAUGGGUGAAGAGAUAGGCAAGGUUGAGAGUCCAAUGCAGACUGAACACGUCGACCCGGAGAAGAAGAUGUAA